UGACCCAUAUGCCGGGCGCUGAUUGGUCAGUGCCCCGAGGCGGGCUUGCAGGGCGGUGAGACGAGGAACCGCGAAGCUCCUGCCCUGAGGGCUCUGCCAAGAUGGCAGACGCGGGACCGCCGCUGACAUGGGAUAUUUCACCAAAAAAUGGCCAAGAAGUAUUUUUCUCCCAUGAACUUUAUGAAAAAUAUUCCUUAGCUCCGAGCCUCUCUGAACUCUGGCAUUUAUCAAACAGACAGGCAAAGAAAAAUGAGGAGGCAUUGGCAAACUCGUCAGAAAACAAACAGACCUGCAGCAUGCAGGCUGCAGAGUCACUUGAGGUGGAAGCUAAAAUCCCAGCUAAUGACCAUCCUCUUCCAGAACCCAGACUCCCCUACCCAUUUACCUCUUCUUUGACUGAGAAGGAGCAGAAAACAUAUUUAUAUCUGAUGACUAAGUUCUCAAAGAAAAGAAACCAUUUCCAAGUUAAUGCAGCAAGUCAAAGGGAUUUUUUCACGUAUAUGCAAAUGAAAGAAGUAGUAAACAGUGAAAUUGCAGAAUUUAUGAAAUUUGCCCAAAACGCUGCAAAGAGCUGUGCCCAAGAUUAUGAUGCCAUCUCUGAAGAUGCACUGCGUUAUACUGAGGAGUUGCUACGUGCGUGUAUUGGACAUGUGCAGAAGUAUCCAGAGUUUUACACCCUGCAGGAGAUCAUGAGUAUCAUGGGAGGAAAGUUUCAUACUCAGCUGACCUUUAGGCUGGAAAAAAAUCUUCUUGCAAUGGGUACAGCAAGAUACGGUAAAAUAGAUUUCCCUUCCAUGCCUGUUCAGCUGCCCACAGAUUAUGGCACUGUUUCAUCUAUUAUAACCCCAGAAAAAAAGGCUCGUGUUAUGCAUAAUGAUAUUAGUUCCGAUUCAAAUGCAGAAAAACUUGCUUUGAAAUACUGUCCUCAAGUUGUUUUAAGUGAUCAAUCCUUAUUUACUCUACUGAAUAAUCAUGGACUAAACUACAAAGAGCAGUGGGAAAUUCCAGUUUGCGUUAAAAUGAUCACUGUUGCAGGUAGCAAACCAGCUAAAGUGGUUUAUGUUGAUCCACCUCUGCUGAGAAAAGAAAUGACAGUACGAGAGAGGAAUCAAAUCUUCCAUGAAAUUCCAAUGGAUUUCCUAGCAACUAAAACGUCUUACGUUCCAAUUUCUGGUAUAUCAAUGGACAAACCAGCUGAGGACAACCUGUUGCAGUGGGAUGUGUCUUCUGAUACCUACCAGUGCAGGACAAUUCCUCCUCCAGACGACACAGGGAUGGACUUCGAUGAUGAUGUUACAGAGCUUGAAACUUUUGGAGCAACUUCCAAGCUCUCAAGAACUUGUAAAACAGAAAGUACUUUUCCUGCAGUUAGUAACACUGCUAAAAUUUUAUCUCAUGGCCUCAAAAUGGGGGGGAAGAAUUCAUCUGCCUUAAACAAUGGAGAUGAAGAAGAGAAAAACACCCCUUCUGAGCAAGAAGGUUCAGCAUGUGCCAGCAUGCAGCUUCUAUCAUUAGAUGGCAUUCCAUGCUUCAGCCCUCAAAGACAUUCUCCUUCUGAAAGCUCUCAGUCAGUGGAGGUAGGACCGAACAGAGAACAGGAUGUCAUGACCAAGGAAGUACUGGACAACAAAACAAAUCCUCUGUCUGUUGCAGUGAGUGCUGAGAAGGGGCCUGAUGCUGCACAGAAAAAAGAGACUUAUACCUACUUAAGCAGUAGUGACUCAGAUGAAGAGCGUUUGGUGAUUGAUUCAGAAUGGAAUGCCACUGCUUCUGACGAAGCAGCUGCACCAGCCACUGUUUCUGGUACCUCAGCAGAGACUGCCAGCUCUCCUUCCCCCGCCCAGAGUCCUUUAGCAAGCGUCACUGACUGCUCAGAUACUGCGGAUCAGAGAAAAAAAGCCUCCAAGAAACCUCCAAGAAAGUUAUCCAAAGAAUUGGAUCCUGUCGGGCAAAUUUUGAAAAUGCAAACUGAACUUCUCAAGUCCCCUUCCAGAAAAGCUCAUGAGCCAGUGGUGGGCUAUGAUAAUUCUAAUGCUGUGCCAGCCCAGCUGCCUCAGUCUCCAAAAGCAUUGGUGACCUCCAGCACGGAAACUGUGCCAGCCCCAGCCUCCAAUCCCAGCGGCUCCUCUAGAAAUACCUGGACAUGGCUUUUUGAGGGAAUGCCCAAGAGAAAGCUGCCAAGUGAACUUGAGCUGCUUGAAGAAGACCCUUCAGAGUACCAAGCACCUGAGGAAGGCAAUGUCGUGUACAAGCUCUUCAGUUUGAAUGAUCUCUUGUUACUCGUGCGUUGCAGCGUGCAGAAAGUCAAGUUACUGCUACAAUACCAGAAAAAGAAAAAAGCCCAAAAGCCGACUCCCAUAUUCCUGUUGCCAAAACUAGAAUACCAAGCCUACUACGGUGUGGAAGCUCUUACAGAAAGUGAAGUGUGCCAGCUGUGGACACAGAGUAUGCUGCAUUCUAGAUGCUCAUUUUAUGUUGGACAUAUUGAUGCUUUUACAUCAAAGCUUAUUAUGCUAGAAAGGAUUUUUCCAGAAACUUUAAGAGAAAAGCUUGGAUUGAUUAAACCUGCAAAUUCAUUAAAUAUACUUCAUCAUGUUUUGAAGAAGGUGUCUGAUUUAGAAGAGGGCUCUUAUUUAUUGACUCAUGCUGCCGGAGAUUCAUCAGUUGCAAUUUACAAGAGUUCUCUUGACAAGAGCACGAGAUCAUCCUACAACCUGCACAAAGCUCACUGUGAUCUGCCUGCUGUACCUGCCACUCUCUCAGUCCCAUGGGUUCCACUCGAUCCCAGCCUCCCUUUGCCCUAUCACAUAAGUCAUGGAAGAGUUCCAUGCACCUUUCCACCUGCACCCUGGGAAGGGUGGAAGCAGAAGAUGGCUGGGGUGAAAGGACAGUCGGACACACCCCAUGAAGGAAAGCCAGUAGCUAUGGAAACAAAAGGCAAGCCAGCUAAGCCUGUUAGAAAUGAAGGUGUGGCUCCAAAGAAGCUGAGGAAUAAUUUCUGCAAGCAAAGGAAGGUGAAGAAAAAGUGGAAAACUAAAUUCAACAAAAUGCAACUGAAGUAGGAAUAAGCCUGGAGAAGAACAAGAGGACACAAAAAAUCUGAUGUUUCUUGCAGCUUCAGAGGAACCAGAAGAAGCUGGCAGGGGGGAAAUGGCUCCAAUAGCUGAAGCAUUCUUUAAACCUUUAACCCUUUGAUACCUCAGGGGACAUGUUUCAAAUGAAAAUCUCAAAAUCAAUCAGAGAAAAAAAAGAAUGUGGCUGCAGCCAAUCGGCUGGUUAUGGGGAACAGAGUAUCUUCUGUUGGUCUGGUUAUUUUUGUAGAAAAAACUACAUCCUGAAGAGUGAAGCAGUGGCUGACAACAACCUCUAAAACCAUGCAACAAGAUAAAUAGCUUUUCAGCUUUUCCAAUUCUUCCAGAUUCACACAUAUUUUAAAGAGAUAUUUUACUUUGUGAAUUUGGUAUAGGGGGAACAACUUGGAUUUAAUUACUUAGCUUUUUUGACACAUUGUGUCUGCUGGCUUUUAAAUAACUUAAAAAUUUUUUUUUUUUCUUUUUAGAAUGGUGUAACAAAGGACAAAAGCUGUCUUUGCUUGAAUAGUAAGGGCCAUAAAUUUGCAUUGGGAAACUCAGAAGUCCAGCUAAACAAAUAAAAUAAUAGCAGGAGAGCUGCAUUUCUGCAUGUUUUAGCUGCUAUAACAAAAAGCAGAGGCUUUAAAGGUGUUCUUCCAAGUCUUUUGUUUGGACUGAGGAAGUUCGCAAGUACACACAUCUGAUCAAGCAUUCUUUUGCUCACUGAGACUUAAUAGGACAUGUUUUAAUGUCAUGAGGGUAAAAAUAAUAAUAAAAGAAGUUGUUUACUGGAGUAUAGCUGCUAAAAAUCCUGAAAGUAGGGGUAUUUUUUUUUAAAUCAGGCUUCAGUAAUGAAUGUAUAUUAAAAACUUCUUUGUGAAAUACAAAGCAUUUUCUGAUGUGGCUUUUUUCCAACUGUUAGAUAGAGUUAUUCAGUUUAUUCUUUUUUUUUGACCACUGCUUGUUUUAUCUGCAGUAUUAAGCUAUUGACAAGCUGAACUUGUGUUUGCAACUUACAAAUAGUUCUGCUUCAAAAUCCUAAAUGCCCUUAGCAACUUCUCAUAAUAGAAAUACUUUAGCUGUGAGUCAUUUUUCCCAGAUAACUGAUUCUGUCUGGAGGAUGCAAGGCAGUUGUCAGUUAGUGUAUACAAGUUUUUCCCAGACUUGUAUGGAAUUUGGUUUCCCAAUGCAGUUUCCUGAGGUAGAAAUGUAUGGUCUGUUUAUGGUCUCAAUGCCUGUUACAUUACACUGGUAUAUUACUAAUUAUAGUGUACUAAUUGUACAACUGCAGUGGAGCGGCCUGAGCUGCUGCUGCUUGGCAUUGUUGCAUGGUGGGUGCAGGGUUUCAUCUCUGCUAAGGCCCUGCAGUUCUUGCUGGCCUGGUCAUGCAGGCUGUCCAAGUCUGUCUGAAUAGUGAGUGUUCCCUCUACCUCCCUCUUCUGCCUCUUUGGGGUCAUCUGCAAGCUCAGGGAAAAUUGAUUCGGUCACAUUAUCAGCUGACAUAAAAAUACUGGGCAGUGCCAGACCCCGAGAAGCUCUGUCCAUGACCAGCUCACCUGGUUCAGCCUGGAGUUACAAACCACUUCCCCAGAACUGGAGGAAAGCCUCUGAGAAGAGGUGUUCCAUGCUGUGUGAGGUCAGUUGUGGAGGUCUGGUUCUUCCCAUUCCCUGGGGUUCGUUAGGAGCUGAAAUUGAUGGCGUUGUAUCGUGUUCAGACAGUUUGAAGUGAGUUUUGGAGGACUGGAAGAGACGUUCUGACCUGGCAUUUGAGGUGACUGGUUGGCCUGUGUGCAAAACCGUGGGACUUUAUCAGUUCUUUCUGUUGAUGUGAACGAGUUAUUGGCUGUGAAACCUGACUUGUCUUUAUUUCUGUAGUAAUGAGAGUUUUUAAAUGUCAUUUGCGCUAUGCACUGAUAAACUACUUCCAUUCUCAUAUGUGACUGGCUAAAUCUCUUCACCCUUUCUGUCUGACUGCAAACACUUUUAGGAAUACAAUAGAAGCUGUCUGUGUAAAACACAUUAGGAAAGAUUUGCUGCAUUUUUUUCUCUUCUUCUAAUGUAGCCUAGCAGCUGGAAGCACAGAGAACUGGGACCAAGGGACCAGUCAUCCAUUCUGCUGCUGGAAGGUGGGAGAUGCCAACUGCAAGGGACUCUGCCCACCUCCACGCUGUGAAGUUCAGUAGCAGUUAUUGAGCCAUUUGAUGAGGUAUUUCUUUUGUUUCUGAUUUGUUUUCCCUGUAUUUUAAAUAGCAGCCCGUUUCCAAAAGAAUAUAAAGUCAGGUCAGGUGUAGUCUUUCAGAACGCUUAGUGCAGACCUGCAUUCAAGUUUGCUUCUAGUUCUACUGGUAGAAGUUGCACCAUUUUCAAUUUCUUCCCCCGUUAAGUCUGCAUGUGUAACUUUCUCAGAUGCUUCUCUGAGAAGUUAUAUAACUAAGCUCUUUCUUAAUAAAAUAUGUGCUUUCCUAUAGUGUGGGUACAUUCCUUCACAGAAACACUGUCAUUGUUUGGUAUUUCUCUGAAAAUUUCUCUGUACUAAAAAUACAUUCACCUUUUUUUUUGAAGUUGCUCUUAAAGUGUAUUUUUGUACAAAGAUUCUUAGACUUUGUUUGCAAGUUAAAAUUCUGUUCCUGUAUGUCCAAAUCAUUGCACUAAAAUAUUUUCAAAGACAUACUGCUGUAUUAUAUAUUUCAAAAUAAAUUUCCUUCUCAGUGCUAGCAAAUACCUUUAAUGACCAGGUGGCAGUCUGUUUAAGCAUAAAGCAUUUGAAUUAUGCCUUACUUAGUGUAGAUGGAAGAUUGUCAGUGACAAAAAGCUGGUUCAAGCCAUUCUGAGCCUUAUGAAGGUCUGUAGAUAAUCUCAGGCUCCUAUUACUCUUGGCUGUGUCUGUGAGGUGAGCUGGUCCCCAGCUUGCUGUUAGGACUGAGGAGACAUUGUGAUAUACCAUGCUAAGGGAUUUUUUUAAACUGUUUUUAUGGAACUAAAAUAUACUGCCAGUUUUUAAAUUGUAGAAUAAUUGAGUGUAAUGGUUAUUAAAUAGUAGCAGUCCUAGUGCAGCCUUCAGGGCAUUUCUCAGUAUUGCUACUUCUCACUUCUGCUUAACAAUGAGUGGAAAAAAAAGGCCUGAAAGCUCCAGUCUU